AUGUCCACAAUCGAUCUUUCCUUACCUGACUCCGUGCCCGAGAUGGCCCGAUACGAGGACAGACCCAUGACCCUCGACUCCUUCGCCAUCUACAAUCUGCUGGCACCGCAAAACGAGCCACCAGACCUAGUCGAGAGAUGCAACUCUGAAUGUCCCCGCGAUGACUAUGUCCACUUUCGAACAUCACCUGAUAUAACCUCUCUCAAGGGUCUUAUAAGCUACCAUCUCAGCACAACCGUACACGACAACUUCGACCCUAACUACUUUCUCGUAGUCACAGAUCCCGUUUGGGAGCACAAGGGAGUUUGUGUCGUCACUCUAGGUGAUGAAGAAGGCAAACCAGAUAAAUUCAUGAUCAAGACGGCAGAAUCUGGACUUUUGCUUGUGAAUCUGCAGAUCGGGAAUACGGAUUGGUAUGAAGCAAAAGAAAAUUAUGAAUUUACUGGUGAUGAUGAUGAGGACGAAAAGCAAGACUCUGAAACAGGAACAUUUCCCGAUGGAGCUUCGAGAAAAAGGCCAGGCACGGGGUUUUACAUAGCCUUCUACGCUAUCCCUGGCAUCGACCCUUCACAACUGAUUCGCGACGUUGAACCCUUCUACGACGGAAAAGAACCACAAGACCGUGUUUGUCGGUUUGAAGGCUUUUUAAAUUCUGAUAGGGAUCUUGUUUCUCAAGCUAUGGAUUCGUGGCAUCCGCAAGCUUGUAUGAGCAACACUUUAUUGUGCAAGAUGUACUUCUUUGUGGUGGACAGUAAGGAUUACAAGGAGGAUGGUAUCCUGUUGUGUAAUGUCAAGGAGCAUAAGACCAAGAGAGUGCUUUGCAGCCCAGGCGUCACAGUGGCGGAAUUCUGCGAUAUCGCACAGGGGGAUAAGGGAUGGGAUGAAGGGUCAGUCCAGCAGACCUCUUGA